GUUUUUCUUUGUCUUUGUUCUGCCCCUUGCCUCUUUCCCCUUUCUGCACAACUUCCCUUCCUUUCGUUAUGUCGUCCAGCGCUCCCACGAUGGCCGUGCCUCCGCCUCCCGCCUCUGCCGCGCAGCACGACGACGGCCACUGCAAGGUGCACGCGCACAUCCCCACCAUGAACCGCACCGAGACCUUCAAGAAGGUGACGGCCGCCUCGGGGCAGACGGGAGACGAAGCACAACGCAUCGUCGAGGUCAGCGAGCGGGGAAGCGACAGUCAGGAGGGAGAAACCACUGUGUUCCUCCGUGAUUGGUAUGUCUCUCUGUCUGUGUUGCCCUGUCCUCUGUUCCUGUCAGCUGUUGCGUCAUUGGGACAGCGACAAGGACGGUUUGUUCAGCGUUGAGAACGUGCUGCAAGCGGCGCAGACGGUGCUCAAGGAGCAGCGCCGGAACAGGAUGCUCCGUUGGGUAGUGGUUGGUGUGCUGGUGGCCUACAUCGUCACGCUGGCCCUCCUUCUCGGUAUCACCUACGGCGCCAUCGAGAUGGCCAAGGACGCCAAGCCCGACGAGGACGCAGUGCUCAGAGCCACGCACCUCGCCAACAAGGACGUCGUCCGUAAGCUAACAGCACGACACACGGGAUAGCUGACAUCACGACACACGGGAUAGAGCAGCAGAUGUUGUCGGUGCGUGGUGUUUCAGGCACCAAGAGCAAGGUCGACGUGUGGAGUCCGUUUGACGUGGUCGACAAGUCGCUCGCCGACAUGGAAAAGGUACGCGCAUAG